CUGAUUCCAUAUCAUCAUCUGUACGUCGGCGAGUCUCAAGAGAUCUGAACGCGUUAAAUACUGUACUAUAUGUUCCCACCGCACAAACCCACGUUUAGAAUUUUAUCUUCUCCUUCGAUGUGGGAACACAUAUGCUUCACGCGCAUUUAGUCGAUCUGUAGCUUAGCGUAGAUCGAAAAGAGAUCCGACGCUAUAUAUGCAGAGAGACACCAACGACUACUAGUCCAUCUGCAAUUCUACAAACAACCAAACCAACUGAACUCGUCGUCAUGGCAAGUCCUGGCUACCCUGCUUACUGUGUUUUACUUCUAGUGACUGUCUUCACUUUAAGCCCAGAUAGCUCCUUCUGUAGUGCUGCUCACCAAUCUAAACCACAACACAAGGCGGCAUUGUUUGUGUUUGGGGACUCACUCUUUGAUUCUGGGAACAACCAAUACCUCAAUGCUAGUAGCGGCAUGGGAGCUGGAUCAACUAAGCUGCCGUACGGGGAAACUUACUUCAAACACGCCACCGGUCGAGUAUCCGAUGGCCGCAUUGUCCCCGAUUUUAUUGCUCAGUUUGCUAAUCUUCCUCUGCCACCACCAUACUUGGAACCUGGUUCUCAUCAGUUUAGUGAUGGAACGAACUUUGCUUCUGCCGGAGCUGGUGUCCUGCCUGAAACUCAACCCGGAACGAUAAGUCUCCCUAGUCAAUUGAGCAAUUUUAAAGAUAUGAAGAAGUUACUGCAUCAGAAAUUGGGGGGAAAGGAGACCAAGAACUUGCUGGGGAGAGCGGUUUAUUUCUUCAGCAUUGGAGGAAAUGAUUACAUUAACCUCUUUACCCAAUACCCAAAAUCUUCUAAUAGCUACAAGAUGCAAUAUGUAGCAAUGGUGAUCAGAAACUUGACCAGUGUGGUCAAAGAAGUAUAUGAUUUAGGUGGAAGGAAAAUUGCAUUUCAGAAUGUGGCACCUUUGGGCUGCAUUCCUACAGUGAAAUCAGGAAAUCCUGAAGUUGGUAGUAAAUGCCUUGAAGAACCAUUAAAACUGGCCAGGCUACAUAACCGAGCUCUCUCUGUUGCACUCAAGAAGUUAGAGAGCCAUUUACCAGGAUUCAAGUACUCCAUAUUUGAUUACUACAAUGCACUUGGGGACAGGGUUAACAACCCUUCAAUAUACGGCUUCAAGAAUGGGACAUCUGCUUGUUGUGGCAGUGGAGCAUUUAGAGGGUCUAGUUGUGGAACAGAACCAUAUGAAUUAUGCAGCAAUCCCAGUGAGUAUGUGUGGUUUGAUGGUGGUCAUACAACUGAAACUGCUAACUUUCAACUAGCUGAGCUAAUAUGGAGUGGACCUUCAAACGUCACAGGACCUUACACUAUGAAACAGCUAUUUGAACAAUCUUGAUUUCAAGUUUCGAACAGCAUAUCUGCAUAUGCUAGUUAUUAAUUUGUAGUUCUUAAACCUCUUUCAUUAUCAGUCUGGGUUUUAGGAGGUCAUCUUGGAAGCUAGCCAUCGAACAUUUCUUUUUAUCAUCAUGGUUUAGUGGUAUCUUUUUCAGUCACGCCGCCCUGUGCUACUAUUACUUCAAUCAUCCUGGAAACUUGAAGUGCGGGUUUUCCCAGUCCAGACAGGACACAACUUGUUACAGAACAACUAAUGAAGAAGACAACAUUAUC